AUGAUCAACUCCAGUGGUCACCUGGAAGGCCAGAUCGGAGAUGGUGACCGCGCCGUCCGCGCCGUCGAGCACCUCCAUCUUGGCCAGUACGCUGGCGACCGACGGGCCGAGGGUGAGCGCGCCGCGCCCGUGCCCGCGGCGGCUGUUCACCGGCGGCGCGAAAUCCUCGGCCCGGAACUGCGUCGCCUCGCCAGCGCGAAGGCACGCGCCGCGCAUCGCCAGCGCCCGCCGGGCACUUUCGAGACGACCACGCAAGAGCAUCGCCGAGACGACCCCCGCCGCCAAGGCACGCGGCCGCCCGAAACGGCGCGCCAAUGGCGCCGCCUUGCGGAAGCCGCGAAGGGCGCGGGCGGACCCGGGGAGGCCGCCCUGCCAGGCCUUGGAGAAACGGGGGAUGGCGAGAUUGACCAGGGCGAGCAGCUUCUCGCCCUGGUCAACCUUCCACCCGUCCAAAUAAUUACCAUCAGCUGCGCCAGCGCCUCGCACACGCCCUCGCCUUCACUGAGGUCGAAGCCGCGGUCGACCGCGAAGUCCCAGAACUCCCUGCGCCAUCUGCAGGCAGCAGGGGGUCGACUGCCCCCCGGCGGUCUUCAUCCCGAAAAGGCUCACCAGAUGUCGUGCGGCUAG